AUGGCCGAUGAUGCAUCUACAGCAGGUUCAACUGAUGAAACCCAGAAGAAGGUCUUUAUGUCCAUAGGAGCAGUUAUUGUGACGUUAAUUCUGUUUGCUUCGAUAAUCUACUAUGGGAACAAUCAUGAAUGGUGGUCUGAUGAGGGAGAGGGAGCAUCAGGCGAAUCACCUAGCAACGGAAAGAAGGGAGGAUAUGCGGCGCCUCCGUCCAAGGACAAUGCUUCUGAAGAAGGCAAAUGA